CUCAUCGCAAAAUGGAUAUGUAUAACCUUGGCUGAAAACCAGUAGAUUUUCUCGCUGCGGUUAAUAAUCUAUAGACGGUGACGAUGAUUUCCCUGUACGGUAAAAAAUCCCAUCUCAUAUCAAGCCUCUAAACAUAAUUCGGAGGUGAAUAUUCGCCUUGCCCGGUUUCUAUCAAUAGGGACGUAAAUCUUCACGGUAAAUAUUUACUUCCAUCACCCUCCGCUCCUAAAUCUCACAUAUAAACCCACCAAUCCACUACCCCCCCAUCACCAUGACAACCACAUACAGGCGAGUAGACGAAUGGUGCAAAUGGUGCUGGGCCUCCCCCUCCCCCAACAACGACGACCUCGUCGACAAGCUCGGCAACAUCCUCCACCGACUCUUCAACCCAGACCUAACACCAAUAUACAAGCACGUGCCUAGCCACUACCUCGUGCUGUACAACUCCAACAAGCAAGUGUCACAACUGCAGUACAUCGACCAGACGUACAACGAGUACCGGCUCAACGCGUCGUCCCUGGUCGUCUACAUCGACGGCACCUGUCGCAGCAGCGGCACGGCGUUCGCACAGGGGGCCUGGGGCGUCUUUUUCGGGGACAAAUCGCGCUGGAAUCGCGGGGGCUUGCUGCGUGACCUGCUGCCGCAGACGAGUGUGCGGGCGGAGCUCGAGGCGUUAUCGCAGGCGUUAGAUGUCGUGGAUGAGAUCCGCGUCAGCCACCCGGAGUUAACGCAGGUGCGGAUCGCGUCCGAUUGUAUGUACCUGGUCAACGCGAUCGCGAUAUGGAUAUGGGAGUGGAAGCCGAGGGGUGGGGUUAUGACGAGUCGUCGUAAGGCGAGGCAUUAUGGGCAUAUUUGUGGGAUUCAUGAUAGGUUGGAACGGAUGUGGAGUGUGGGCUGUAUGGACCGUGGUGCUAAUGAUUUGGCUGACCGGGCUUUCGGACCUUGAUUGGGGUGCGGUUGCACAGCAGUAGGGCGUGGCAGCGUGGGUAAGUACACCGAGAACCGUGCCGUACGACGGAGAUAAAUUUCAGUUAGCCUCCGAUUCCGAUGUGCCUUUCCAAAAAGAAAGAAAAAGCCAUGACAAGGUACAUACAUGCAUCAGCCCGUCUCUUGGC